UUCUUUUUUUUUCCAGCAAAAAAAAUGACCCCUUUUAUUUUGAGCAACCAGCAGCAGCGGCAGAACUUGGAGGACAUCCAUGGCUGCUUGCUUCUUCUUCUUCAACUAGACGAGACCUAAGAGAACAACCCCCAUCACCGCCAGCAGCAAAUCCAACGGACCAGCGACCUUCUAGCUCCCUCACCUCCCAUUAACACACACACUCAUACAAGAACACAAAAAAAUAACAAAAACAGAGGGUGAAGAUGAAUUUCGGACAGAUUUCGGAUAGAAAAGAAAUGGUGUUCUUUGAUCACUAAUUCGUUUUUUUAUACCAGAAAAUCGAAAAGAUAAAAUAGGUUUCAAUAGUCUUCUUUUGAUUUCCAUCUCCAUCUCGUUAUGGAACUUGUUUGAAUUUUGGUGGUCCGAAUUCCCUGUUCUUGUUCGAGAUCGGUCGCCAGUGAGAUUCCGUCCAUGGUCCGUCGUAUUUUCGAAUGCAAAGCUGCCUUAUAAAUAAUUUUCUGAUUCAUUUGAGGUAUGGACCCGUUGAUUCGAUCCAAAGUGCUGAUGGUAGUAAAGAUUCUUAGGAAGUUGAUCAAGUGGUGGAAAAUGUUUUCAUCGUUAAAGUAGCAUGAAUUAAUGCAGAAAUUGGGCACCCUAACUUCCCUUCAUGAUAUCACACCUCGUCCAGACUUAGUGGAGGCGAUGCUGACUUAUUGGGAAACGCAAAAUUUGAUUUUCAAAUUUGGAGAGUGUGAGAUGACUCCUACCUUGGCGGAAAUAUCUGGUCUCACUCAUUUAAGCUAUAUAGGCAAGGACAUGAUACUUCCCCGAGACCACUCUAGGACAAGAUUCCUCAGCGACCUGGGCCUGAAAGAUAAUAAGCAUUUAAAAUGUCUCGAGCAGUCCUGGAUAUCCUUGGAUUAUUUGUUUGCUAGCAUUGGACCACAAGAUAGUUUUGACGUCUUUUGGGAUGAGUUAUGCACAACCAAGGCAAAGUGGCAAAGACGUCUCCUCGAAGCUUUCAGCCUUGCUUUGUUGGGAUUAUUGGUUUUUCCAUUAUAUGAGAGGCACAUUAGCACCCGUCUGCAGUUAGUGGUAAUGGCACUAUUUCAUGAGAAGCAACACAAACCCGUUACCGUUGUGCCGAUGAUCUUAGCAGAGUUGUACCGAGCCAUGAGUGAGGUUAGGGGAGGUGUCAGAUAUUUUGAUGGAAGUAACCUUUUGCUACAAUUGUGGAUGAUGGAGCAUUUUCACAUCGCUUCCUUACUUUGUCCCAUCGACCGUGCCUUGAGGGAUCGUGUGGUAUGCAUCGAAUGUAGGAUGAAAUCUCCUAAGUUUACGUACCCAGUAGGCGUCACGGCUUGGAUUGAGUCCCUUGGUUUGAGGACAAAUAAGAAUGUUUUGUGGGCUUACCUUUGGCAACCUUUGGAUGAUAUCCUGGUAGGGUGCCUUAUGCAGCCUUUCCUAAUGUUGAUAGGACUCAAGUGUGUCAGAUCAUACACUCCCGUUAGGGUAAUGUGACAAUUGGGCAGAAGACAAGAGGAGCCUCCAACUUUGAAUCUUCGGAGGCACAUCAUAAAUUUUAGCAAAAAGGCGACUGAUGAAAUCAGGUAUGUGCAAUACUGGAACAAUGCAAAGAGGAUGAAGAAAAAUACAUUAGUAGAGGACAUUGGCAGGCCCGAGUGUACUCAAGAGUACUUGAUUUGGUUACAGUCCGUCCCUCCAGGAGUCAGCACUCUAUUGCUAGCACAACUUAGGGGUCGGGUAGUUCAGACAGAUGAUUUUGAGGAGGCAUCGGACCAAGAUCCCUGGGAUAAGCUUGAGUUGAUAAAGUCUCAGUUAGCGGGAUUGGAAGCAAACGUGGAGCAGCAUGGCCAGUAUUUGUUUAGGGUCGGCCUUCAGGAUGCGGGGGCACGUGACAUAGCUUUUAUUCCCAGCAUCGGUGUUUCUUUACGAGGCAUGUUACAGAGUUUGAGCAUGACGGAUAGCCCAGGACCAUCCCGGUCAGGACAGUCGCAUUCAGGAGCAGCUUGAGGAGUCAUCCUAUUUAGGUGUUUUGAGAUUGUCUUAUGUUGUCUUUGACUUUCGUGCCUUGUCUAGAAGUACCGAGUCCUUUAGGUAGUGUCAGAGUCUGUCGUAGUGUAGUUGAGUCUGUCAUGUCUUUCAUUAUCGUAUUUCCCUUUGUAUUUUAAUAUCGAAAAGUUUUAAAUGAAAAAUCCCAAAAAGAUUUUGUUUCAGUUUAUUUUCCACCACUUCUCCAGAACUA